GAAGCACGAAUUGUACCGUACCACUUGAUUAACUCUAAAAUUACAUAUACGUUAAAACUUAUACCUUAAAAAAAUAGCGUUUACGUGUCAAAAUAACGGAUGGAUAGAAUUUUACUUGAGAAUAUUGCAAGAAAAUUUUUUUUUUUGAGAAUAUGGCAACAUUGGUUAAAAAGUGACAUGACAGCCGACCUGUCGAUCUUUCAUCAAUCUCCACGUGGUAUGUCGUUUGUUUUUUGUUUUGUUUAUGUAUUUUUAAAUCAAUAAUCAAUGUGUUGGUUCGUUCAGUUCGUUGUGUGUAGAGUAUUUUAAUCGCAAUUUCAUUUUCUAAACGGCCCUAGGAUUAACAAAUUCGGACCACUCUCUUGGAUUUCUUAUAAACAAAGACAGUGGACACAGUACAGCACUUGGGCCACAUGUUUUAGUACCAUUGAAUUUAGUAAAUGGUUUUGUACCUUUCCAAUAUAUUUAUUAAGUUUAUAUGUCAACUAUGGAAUUCAAAGAAGAAAUUAAGGAAGAGUUUAUUGAAGGUGAUCCAAGUUAUAUAGAGAAUCAGCUGUCCACAUCAAUAGAUUUAGAACACUUCAAAAAUGAAUCAGAAAAUAACUCAGAAAUUUAGCGACAUAUUAUAAUAAUAUAAUAUGUAUGGAUUACUGUCGAAGGUGGAUAUGAUCAACUAAACGAGAAAUGGGACUAAAAGCUAGAAUUAAGGAAGAUUUUGCUAAAGGUAGUCUAGGAUAUAUAGAGAGCCAACCAUCUCCAUUUGCAGAUCUUGAAGAGGUGAUUAAUAAACCAAAUGAAGAUAACUCAGGUUUUUCCCAGAACGGAAUGGAUAUCAUGAAAACUGAAGUUGCUUGCCCUACAGAACAAAAAAUAAGCGCAGAUGCUGAAGAAACAAUAUUAAAAAAAUCUGUUUGUGAAUGUAAAAUUUGUUUUAAACAAUUUAACCAUGCAUGUUCUUUGAGACGACAUAUAAAAAUACACUCUGGAGAAAAGCCUUUCAAGUGUGAAAUUUGUUUAAAGCAGUUUAGUCGAGCACAUCAUUUAAAAACACAUUUGAAAGUUCACACUAGAGAAGCGUCUUAUAAGUGUGAAAUUUGUUUUAAACAGUUUAGUCUAAAACGUAAUUUGAAAACACAUUUGAAAAUACACACUGAAGAAAAAUCUUACAAGUGUGAAUUUUGUUUUAGAGAGUUUAUUCGCGCAACUAGCUUGAAAUAUCAUUUGAAAGUGCACACUGGAGAAAAACCUUACGAUUGUGAAAUUUGUUCUAAGCAGUUUAUUCAAGCAAGUGACUUGAAAACGCAUUUGAGAGUGCACACUGGGGAAAAGCCUUACAAGUGUGAAAUUUGUUUUAAACAGUUCAGUCAAACAAGUAAUUUGAAAACACAUUUGAGAGUGCACACUGGAGAAAAACCUUACAAGUGUGAAAUUUGUUUUAAAGAGUUUAAUCAAACAAGUAGUUUCAAAACACAUUUAAGAACGCACACUGGACAAAAAACUUGCGAGUGUGAAAUUUGUUUUAAGCAGUUUAUUAAAGCAAGUGAGUUGAAAUCACAUUUGAGAGUGCAUACUGGAGAAAAGCCUUACAAGUGUGAAAUCUGUUUCAAACAGUUCAGCCAAACAAGUAAUUUGAAAACACAUUUGAAAAUGCACACUGGCGAAAAACCUUAUAAGUGUGAAAUUUGUUUUAAGCAGUUUAUUCAAGCAAUUGGGUUGAAAACACAUUUGAGAGUGCACACUGGGGAAAAGCCUUACAAGUGUAAAAUUUGUUUUAAGCAGUUUAUUCGAGCAAGAGAGUUGAAAGUACAUUUUAGAGUGCACCCUGGAGAAGCGCCUUACAAGUGUGAAAUUUGUUUUAAAGAGUUUAGUCAAACAAGUAAUUUGAAAACACAUUUGAAAGUGCACACUGGAGAAAAGCCUUACAAGUGUGAAAUCUGUUUUAAAAAGUUUAGUCAAGCAAUUAGUUUGAAAACACAUUUGCAAGUGCAUACUGGAGAAAAACCUUACAAGUGUGAAAUUUGUUUAAAGCGGUGUCAUACUACAAAUGAUUUGAAAAGGCAUUUGAGAGUUCACACUAGAGAAAAACCUUAUAAGUGUGAAAUUUGUUUUAAGCAGUUUCGUCACACAAAUAUUUUGAAAACACAUUUGCAAGUGCAUACUGGAGAAAAGCCGUGUAAGUGAGAUAAUUUGUAUUAAAGAAUUUAGUAACACAGGUAUUUUGAAAAUACAUUUGAAAUUUCACACUGCAGAAAAGCCUCACAAGCAGUGGCGUAGCUGACAGACCUGUAAGGCGAUUGGAGGCCGACGUUAGGAGGGGCCCCUUAAACCUUUCAAGCUUAAUACUUCUACUUUCUUUAAAUUGGGGACCAAAACAUAUUUUCCUAAUAAGCAUCAAAAUAGGGAAUUUGGAAGGAAGUAAUGAAGCGGGUAAUUGACGUCACUCUUACUCCUUCCGGGUGCAGUUUAGCGUUUCGUGAACAUGUUGGUAGUUUAGAUGAAAGUGAAUCCCAAAAAGGUAAUUUUUUGUUGGUGGUUCUUUUACUAGUUAGAUAUGAUCCCGUUUUAGCUAAGUUAAUCAAUAAAAACAAUAACCUAAAAUCAAAUUACUUGAGCCUCCAAAUAUAAAACGAAGUUAUAAAUUUGCUGGCUGAAGAAACUGAAAAGAAAUAAUUUAAUUUAAAAAAGGUGUUUUUAUUCAAUAAUUAUUGAUACCACUCAAGAUAUUUCAAAACACGAUCAGCUUAGUUUUAUUUUCCGGUAUAUAAAAAUAACUUGCGAUGAAAAUAAUUUACCUUCCAACGCAGAAGUUGUUGAAAGUUUUUUGGGAUCUAAUCGCAUAUUAGACCAAAGUGCAGAAGGUGGUGUAAAUUAGGGAUGGCGGUUUUUGACAAAACACCGGUUUUCGGUUAUACCGGUUUUUUUGCUUACGGUUUAACCUGACGGUUAUAACCGGCCAAAAAAACCGG